UCUAUCUAACUAAAAAAAAAAUUGAUAGUUAUCACAACCCGAAGCGAAUUUUGUUUGUACUACUUUCUAUAUUUUGAACUGCUAAUGUGUACUGCUAGCUGAGAAGUUGCCACGAACAAGGAAACUUUAAGACCAAAUAUCACAAAACAUGAUUUGGUGGAGUAAGAAAGCUUUGGUUGUUAUAAUAAUGCUUUGUAUUGCAUACAUAUCAUUUUCGAGAAAUAUGAUCAGAUUACGUGGAACAGUAAAAACACAAAGACGAUUGAUGUCCACUUAUCUUGAUAACAAACUUACCAAUGGCCUGCAAAAUGUAACUGUACCGAUUGGAAGGAUGUAUGUAAAACACAACUGUACAAAGAGAGAAUACGUGUUUGAUAAAACAGUUAAUAUGUUUAGCAACGACAAUACCAUGCCGACUAUAUUUAUGUACGAAAAACACCCUUGGGAUUGGUUUAAACCAUUCAACACAUCAGACAGGUGUUGUACAAGCUGUAUGUUUACUAGCAACCCUAAGUUUUAUAAUAUGAGCAAAGUAGUGAUUUUCUUCAGAAGACUUAAAAGAUUUCCACCUGAAAAACUAGCUGGUCAGAUAUGGAUUUAUUUUACAAACGAAUCACCUACUUUCAGGCAGAUACUUCCGAAGAACAUAGAAUGGACAAAUUCGAUGUCAAAAUUUGAUUUGAUAAUGUCGUAUCGACCUGAAUCUGACAUUACCCUGCCAUUUGGAGUUUUGACUAAAAAAGAAAAUCCGAACAAAUUGAAUUAUACUAAAAUUUUCCAGGCAAAACAAAAAGAUAUUGCAUGGAUAGUAAGUCACUGUGGAACAAAUUCUAGAAGAGAGGAUUAUGUAAAAGAGUUACAAAAAUAUAUUAACGUAGAUAUUUAUGGUGAAUGUGGAAACUUGAAGUGUCAUUCGCAACAUCCAAUAAAAAUGUCAAAUCUAAAAGCAUGUAAGUCGUAUGUCAGUCAAAAAUACAAAUUCUAUUUGUCUUUUGAAAAUUCAUUGUGUAUGAACUAUGUUUCCGAAAAAGUCUAUGAUAUAUUUGAGGACGAUAAUAUGAUGUUACCAGUAGUUCGUGGAGCUCCAAAUAUUAUAUCCGUGCUUCCAGAGGGAACAUUUAUUCCAACCAUUAAAUUUAAAUCACCAAAACAGCUUGCUGCAUUUCUAACAAAAAUUGGUUCAUCGGAACAGAAAUACACAUCUUAUCUUCGAAAGAAACAUUCAUACAGUCUUACAAACUGGGAAUCUAAUUUCAAAACAGCAAUAUGUGAUUUGUGUACACAAAUCAAAAAUGAAAAACUUGCAAAUAAAAAAAUCAAUGUUUAUGACCGUCUUAAGGAAGGCAAGUGUUUCGAACCUUCUGAUAUAAUACAUGAAUGAUUAUGAUAUUUUA